AUGGCUGAUAUUCAAGAUGAUCAUGGAGCCCCGGGUAUCAAGCUGUUUGGCACAACAAUUGCAGUGCAAGUGAGACAAGUAAAGGAUGAAACAAACGAAUCUGAUCAAACUAGAGAAAAGAGGCCGGACAAGAUCAUACCAUGCCCUAGGUGCAAAAGCAUGGAGACCAAAUUCUGUUACUUUAACAACUACAAUGUUAACCAACCAAGACACUUCUGUAAGGGCUGUCAAAGAUAUUGGACAGCCGGUGGUGCCCUUCGGAACGUGCCCGUUGGAGCUGGUCGCCGGAAAACUAAGCCACCAUGUCGUGAGCUCGCCGGGUUCUCAGAGGGUUGCUUGUUUGAUGCUUCUGGGGUGCAACAUAUUGAUUUUGAUGGGGUGUUAGAGGAAUGGCACAUGGCGGAGCAUGGUGGUUUCCAAGAUAUUUUCCCGGCGAAGAGGCGGAGGAGCACCUCAGGUGGCCAAACUUGUUGA